AUGGGUAAACUCGUGCGCCUCGAGCUUUACAAUUUCAAGACAUAUCGCGGCAAGCAUGUGCUGCCCUUUGGCGACUCGUACUUCACCUCCAUCAUCGGCCCCAAUGGCUCCGGCAAGUCAAACAGCAUGGACGCCAUCUCCUUCGUGCUCGGCAUCAAGUCGGCCUCGUUGCGAUCGCGCGAACUACGAGAGCUCGUAUACCGCGGCCGCAUCAUUCAGACUAGCAAGACGGCUGUCGACGAGGCCAAUGGCGAUCAGAAUGGCGAGGCCGACGGUGAGACCCAAGAAGACGGCGAGUCGCAGCAGGGCGAUCCAAAAACAGCAUGGGUAGAAGCCGUAUUUGAGGACGACGCCGAGAACAUUCACCGGUGGCGCCGCACGAUCACGACCGCGGGCCAGAGCGAGUACCGUAUAAACGGACGCGUCGUCACAGCAAGAGCCUACAACGAGGCAUUGGAAGAGCAGAGUAUCCUGGUAAAGGCCCGCGCCUUCCUCAUCCCUCAGGGCGAGGUCGAGGAAGUUGCGAAAAAGCCUCCUAAAGAUAUCACCCACAUGAUUGAGCAGAUCUCGGGAAGUCUGGACAAGAAGGCCGAUUACGAAAGGCUCAAGGGCGAGUCUGACGCUGCCGCCGAAGAUAACUCGCAGUUUCUCCUCCGAAAGCGUCAGAUCAAUACUGAAAUCAAGACCUUGGCACUGGCUGAGGCCGAAGCCCAGGCCUAUGAGAGGAAGAUUGCUGAGCGCGAUGACGCGACAGUGACACACAUCAUGUGGAAGCUGUACCACCACCAGCAAGCCAUCGAAAAAGCCAGGGACAAGAUAUCGCGUCAUGCAGAGGAGCUGAAGGAACAUCGACGUGGCGUUCAGAAAUAUCACGACAGGCUGCAAGAUGCUACCAAGGAAGAAGCCAAGGUGAAGCGUACCAUAUCCAAGACCAACAAUGAUAUCAAUGCCAAAUCGAAAGAGAUUGAAGACACCCAGAACGACCUAGUCCCAGUUGAAGAAAAGAUACGCCUCACCAUGCAGGAACUAGCUAAAUUGGAAUCCAGGAUCGCUUCAUUGACCAAGGACCGAGACACGAAGACGAAGGAGAUUGCGCAACUCGACAAGAAUAUCGCGCAAGUUGAUAAGGCCGAGAAGCAAUGGGAAGCACAGCGCAGGGCCACAGCGGGACAACAAGGCCAAGAGCUUUCGCCUGAGGAUGAGCAAGAAUACAAUCGACUCAGAAGCGAGGUCAGCAAACAGACUUAUGCUGAUCAGGCCGAGGUCACGAGGCUUGAGCGCGAGAUUGGCACUGAGCGGGAACAUGCUCGCAAUCUCCAGCAGAAGAUCGAUGGCUUUCAAGCGACCGUGGAUAGGCUUGAAGAGGAGAUUGCUCAACUCCAGGAACGGCAGAACGAACUCAAGAUAACGUUGAAAGACAGGAAGAGCACACGAGCCACAAAGCGUCAAGAUCUCAACAAGCUUGAGUCCGACCGGAAGCGCAACAAGGACCAGUCUGACGAGUUGAAUCAAGAACUUCGCAAGGUUCUAUCGAAGCUUCAAUCUGCCGAGAUGGACCGUCACGAGACUAAUAGGGAACGAGCCUUGCGCGAACACGUUUCAAAGAUGAAGCGCACCUUUGGGUCGAGCGUGUAUGGGCGGUACAAAGACUUGAUUAAGCCCAAACAGAGGAAGUACGACGCUGCCAUCGGUACGCUACUCGGCUGGCACAUGGAUGCCGUACUUGUAGACACGGAUAAGACUGCAAGAGACUGCGUUCAAUUCUUGAAGGAGGGAAAGCUCGGGCAGAUGAGCUUCUUGCCUCUCGACUCGUUGACCGUUCAGUCGGUGAACCAAAACCUAAAGGGCAUGCACGAAGGUAUGCGUCUAGGUAUCGACUGCAUUGACUACCCACCUCAUCUCGAACGCGCCAUUUCGUCGGCUUGCGGCGACAGUGUCAUUUGCGACACGCUCAAGCUUGCCCAGCACAUGUGCUUCGAGCGUAAGAUUGGCGUCAAGGCGGUGACUCUCGAUGGUUCCGUCAUUUCCAAGGGUAACACCAUGACUGGUGGUACUAUGCACGGCUCAAAUCAAAAGCAGCAAUGGGGUGACGCGGAGAUCGAGGCGCUGAGGCAAAACGCGCAGAAAUACCAAACACAGAUUGCCAGUCUUACCAGGGCCGAUGCGUUCGAUAGAGAUAUUGACGAGCUGCAAGUGGAGCUCAAUGAUCUGGAUGAUCAAACGCGCCGUCUGGAAGACGAAAUCAAGACACUCGAUCGAAACAUCAGCAGCAAACAGAAGGAGCUAACUCAUGACAAGAACAUCUUGAGGCAAGAGAAACCGAAGCUCAAUGAUGUGAAUAAACGAUUAAGCAAUAGGGAGCAAGACCUAGAGGAGAAGGCGGAUGCGGUUCAUCAAGUCGAGGAUACUGUGUUUGCAGCUUUCUGUUCACGACUUGGCUACGCCAACAUUCGCGAAUAUGACUCCCAACAAGGCUCCGCUCAACAGGAAGCGUCACAAAAGCGGCUUGAGUUCAGGAAACAGCGCACAACGCUCGAGUUUAUGCGAAAGAAUAUUCAGCAACAAAUCGACCACAUUGAUACGCGCAUAUUGACCGCACAGGCCAAGCUCGACCGUGAUCAGGCUGCCCUCGACGGCCAUAAAGCUCAGCGGGAAGAGCUGCAGAAUACUAUUGAUGAGCUCCAAGCAGAACUAGAGACACUGCAAGAGAAGUUAGCUGCCCUAGAGAAAGACAAGUCCGAUAAGAGCCAAGUCGUGAAGGACGCUCGCGCUAAACUGGACAAGCGCAACGAAAAGGUCCGGCACAUCGAGGCAGACGUUCAGCAACAGGAAAUCGAGAUUAAGAACCGAGCUUCGGAGCGCUACAGUCUGCUCAAGAAGUGCCGUCUUGAAGAGAUCGAGAUACCGCUUACUUCGGACUCUGUGCCACUAAAAUCGCUGCCUAUGACAGACGCCGUGCGUCAGCAGGAUCCCGACGCGAUGGACGUUGAUGAACCGGAUGAAACGCAGGCCGAGAUCGAGGACUACGGCAUCGAACCUGACUUUGAGAAGCUGGACGAGGAGCUCCGAGAAGAAAUCGACGACAUUCUUGCAAAGGAGGACAGCGAUGACGACAAGAUCCAAGCGGAAGCCGCUGCCGCCCUCAAAAAGACCGAAGACCAGCUCAUAGACCAAAUCGUUUCCCUCGACGUAGAGAUCAACAAAGCCACCCCUAACAUGAAAGCGUCAGAACGUCUAGCUGUCGCACGGGAUAAGCUACAUGAGAUUGACGAGGAUUUUAAGACGGCGAAGAGGAAGGCUGAGGAAGCCAAGGCAGCCUUCGAGACAAUCAAGGACGAGCGAAUGGAGCUGUUCAUGAAGGCCUACGACCAUAUCCAUGACAACAUCAAACCCGUCUAUAUGGAACUCACAAAGAGCUCGCAAUUCCCUAUGGGCGGCACUGCCUACCUUGAUCUCGAGGACAGCUCGGAGCCGUAUCUCGCGGGUAUCAAAUACAACGCCAUGCCGCCGCUCAAGCGCUUCCGCGACAUGGAGCACCUGUCUGGAGGCGAGCGCACCAUUGCUGCCCUGGCACUCAUAUUCGCUAUCCACUCGUACCAGCCCAGUCCGUUCUUUGUGCUCGACGAGGUCGAUGCUGCGCUGGACAAUGUGAACGUCGCGCGAGUGGCCAGAUAUGUGACCAGCCAUGCGAGGCCAGGCAUGCAGUUCAUUGUCAUCAGCCAUAAAGCGGGGCUGUUCCAGGAGAGUGAGACUUUGGUUGGCAUUAUGCGGGACCAGGCGAAGAUGAGCAGCAAAGCUAUUAGUUUGGACUUAAGGAAGUACCCUGCGGCUGCGGCGGCUUGA